AUGUUAUUCACCUUAUCUCGCUGCUCUAGCCCUGGCUCUGGCUCUAGCUCGAGAGCUUUGAAUCGAACAUUCUUCAAUCCAUCUUUUCACGUCAAUGUCAAAUCCUCCACUUCUAGAAUAACGUUACGACCUUCUCCUUCAUCAUUUUUGCUUCGCCGAUCACUCACUUAUUCUUCCUCGUCACGGUCGCUCAUUGACCAUAAACCUUCAUCGGCAAGUAACAUCUCUCAAAAAGACGCUUCUGUACCUCAUCCUUCAAUUAUCACAGAAAUCGUACAUCCUCAAUCUCCUCCUCCUCCUCCUGCAACUGCAACUCCUACUUCCACUUCCCCUUCUGCUGAAGUAUCCCCACCAGCACCGAAAAGUAUUUUAGAUAAAUUACCCAAAUGGGCUUCACCCGCAAAACCCUAUUUGGCAUUAACGAGGAUAGAUAAGCCUAUUGGUAGUUUAUUGCUAUUUUGGCCAUGUACAUGGUCAAUAACGAUGGCUUCUACAGUCCUUCAUCUUCCACCCUCAGUCCCAUUAUUCUAUAUCAGUCUGUUCGGUCUGGGAGCUUUGAUUAUGAGAGGAGCAGGAUGUACUAUCAAUGAUAUGUGGGACGCCAAUAUGGACGCUAAAGUUGAACGAACGAAAACAAGACCGAUAGCAGCUGGAGAUGUCACUCAAUUUCAAGCAUUAACAUUUCUAGGUGUACAACUAUCUGCUGGUUUAGCUGUAUUGACUCAACUGAAUUGGUAUUCAAUCGCACUAGGUGCUUCAUCUCUUUCUUUGGUGGUGCUGUAUCCAUUUAUGAAAAGGAUAACGUAUUAUCCUCAAGUCGUAUUUGGUGCGACAUUCAAUUGGGGUGUUUUCUUAGGUUGGUCAGCAGUAGCCGGUGUUGUAGAUUGGACCAUCACAGCUCCACUGUAUGUCGGUGGUAUAGCUUGGGGUAUAGCUUAUGAUAUGAUCUACGCCCAUCAGGACAAAUACGACGACGUCAAAGCAGGAGUCAAGUCAAUGGCCUUACGAUUCCCCGAUAAUUCAAGAACGGUAAUUUCCGUAUUGAACACCACCUUCAUUUCCCUACUCACUCUCACAGGACAUUUAGCAGGGUUAGGUCCUUUGUACUAUUUGAUAAGUGUUGGAAGCGCAGCAAGUCAUUUGGCUUGGCAAACGAUGACCGUCAAUUUCGAUAAUAGGUUAGAUUGUUGGAAGAAAUUCUGUAGCAAUGGCUACUUAGGUGGAUUGAUUUGGUUAGGUAUCGCAGCUGAUUACGUCCAACAAGUAUUACUUGCUGUUCCUGCGUAA